CACGCACCUCGGACAGAUUCAGUGUACCGCGUACAUGAUGUGAGACGCUUCAAUAUGGUUCCUAUCGCCGCUCCGCGUAAGACCGCUAAGUCCGGGACCAUGGUGAUGUAAGAGCAUAGAAGACCUCAAUUACCUUUAAGAGUCCCAGAGCCUGCUCUGAACCAUUUUCAAACAUAUCCAACUACUCAAAAUGACUUCAGCACAGAAAACGAACAUCAAUGUGGUCUUCGGAGCCAUGACCUUCGGUAAGGAAGGCUCAGAGCAGGCACGCGUUCACGACCUCGACACUGCCGGCAAGAUCCUCGACAUCUUCCAGGCCCAUGGCCACAACGAGAUUGAUACGGCUAGAGCUUAUUGCGAGGGUACCACCGAGACGAUGCUCGGCGACCUCGACUGGCAAAAGAGAGGGCUUGUCAUGGAGACAAAAUACUACCCUACUGCUGGAAAGUCAAUCCCGUCAUCGUGGAACAACAACUUGAGACACACUCCCGAGGAUCUCCGUGAGAAUCUUAUGACCUCGUUGAAGGAACUGAAGACGGACAAGAUCGAUAUGUGGUACCUUCAUGGCCCCGACAGAACCACUCCAUACGAAGUAACCAUGAAAGCCGUCAACGACCUAUACAAGGAGGGCCACUUUAAGAGACUUGGAAUAUCAAACUAUAUGGCAUGGGAAGUUGCCCAGAUCUGCGAACUCUGUCGCAAGAACGACUGGAUCCAGCCAAGCGUCUACCAAGGUGUCUACAACGCUCUGCAUCGCUCAGUCGAGCCAGAGCUCUUCCCUUGUCUACGCUACUACAACAUCGCCUACUAUAACUACAACCCAUUAGCUGGCGGUUACCUGACCGACCGCUACAAGAGGGAGGAUGCAGACAAGGAUAUCGAGAGUGGUUCACGCUUCGACCCCAACAAGUGGCAGGGCAAGAUGUACCGCGGCCGUUACUGGAGAGAGGAAUAUUUCGCUGCUCUCGACUUGCUCCGUCCGGUCGCUAAGAAGCAUGGCUUUACUGAAGCUGAAUGUGCCCUGCGCUGGAUGCAACACCACAGUCAGCUGCAGCGAGAAAAGGGCGAUGCCAUCAUCAUUGGAGCUUCGUCUCCUCAUCACAUCGAGUCGAAUUUGAAGGAUAUGGAAAAGGGUCCUCUCCCGGCCGAUGUUGUUGAAGCUUUGGACAAGGGUUGGGAGUUGUGCAAGGGCAUCAGUGGAAGAUACUGGCAUUAAGAAGCCCUCUUGCUGUUAGAUUGUGCUCGUCCAAACAGACGUAUGCUUACCUAUGAUACUGCUCAAAUGAAAAUGAUAAAUGCAAGCAAUGGAU